AUGAAAGGGUUAUCGGGCAGCCGCAGCCAUCACCACGGAGUCACCUGCGAUUCAGCCUGUGACUCGCUGUCGCACCACGCAGACCGCAAGCCAUACCUGCUGAGCCCGGUGGAGCACCACCCGGCCGACCACCCCUACUACACCCAGCGUACCUCCUUCCAGGCCGAGUGCGUGGGCCCCUUCAGCGACCCGCUGGCCAGCAGCACCUUCCCGCGCCGGCACUACACCUCGCAGCAGGAGCUGAAGGACGAGUGUGCCCUGGUGCCUCGCACCCUGGCCACCAAGGCCAACCGCAUCCCCGCCAACCUCCUGGACCAGUUUGAGAGGCAGCUGCCUCUCAACAGGGAUGGCUACCACACAUUGCAGUACAAGCGCACGGCCGUGGAGCACCGCAGUGACAGCCCCGGCCGCAUCCGCCACCUGGUCCACUCGGUCCAGAAACUCUUCACCAAAUCGCACUCCCUGGAGGGGCCGUCCAAGGGCAGCGUCAACGGGGGCAAGGCCAGCCCCGACGAGACGCAGACCGUGAGGUACGGCAAGCGCAGCAAGAGCAAGGAGCGCCGCCCAGAGCCCAAGCCCCGCACCAACGCUUCCCCGGGCUGGUGGAGCUCCGAAGACAACCUCGACGGCGACAUGUGCAUCUACCACGCCCCCUCAGGCGUGAUGACCAUGGGCAGGUGCCCCGAUCGCUCGGCCUCACAGUACUUCAUGGAGGCCUACAACACCAUCAGCGAGCAGGCUGUGAAGGCCUCCCGGAGUAACAACGAUGUCAAGUGCUCCACCUGUGCCAACCUGCCUGUCACCCUAGACGCGCCGCUGCUGAAGAAGAGCGCCUGGUCCUCCACGCUGACCGUGAGUCGAGCCCGAGAGGUUUACCAGAAAGCCUCGGUUAACAUGGACCAGGCCAUGGUGAAGUCAGAGUCAUGUCAACAGGAACGUUCCUGCCAGUACCUUCAGGUCCCUCAGGAUGAAUGGACAGGGUACACCCCUCGAGGUAAAGAUGAUGAAAUUCCCUGCCGUAGAAUGCGGAGCGGCAGCUACAUCAAGGCCAUGGGAGAUGAAGACAGUGGGGACUCGGACACCAGCCCCAAGCCUUCUCCCAAAGUUGCUGCGCGAAGGGAAAGCUAUCUCAAGGCUACUCAGCCAUCCCUUACAGAACUCACCACACUCAAGAUUUCCAAUGAGCACUCCCCCAAACUCCAGAUCCGGAGUCACAGUUACUUGAGGGCGGUCAGUGAGGUCUCCAUCAACCGAAGCCUAGACAGCCUUGACCCUGCGGGCCUGCUCACAUCACCAAAGUUCCGCUCCAGGAAUGAGAGCUACAUGCGAGCCAUGAGCACCAUCAGCCAGGUGAGCGAGAUGGAGGUGAACGGGCAGUUCGAGUCGGUGUGCGAGUCGGUGUUCAGCGAGCUGGAGUCCCAGGCAGUGGAGGCCCUGGACCUGCCGAUGCCCGGCUGCUUCCGCAUGCGGAGCCACAGCUACGUGCGCGCCAUCGAGAAGGGCUGCUCGCAGGACGACGAGUGCGUGUCGCUGAGGUCUUCCUCCCCGCCGCGCACCACCACCACCGUGAGGACCAUCCAGAGCAGCACGGGUGUCAUAAAACUGAGUUCUGCAGUUGAAGUGUCAUCUUGCAUUACAACAUAUAAGAAGACACCACCUCCAGUCCCACCCAGAACUACCACGAAACCUUUCAUUUCUAUCACAGCCCAGAGUAGCACAGAGUCGGCCCAGGACGCCUACAUGGAUGGACAGGGCCAGCGAGGGGAUAUUAUCAGCCAGUCUGGACUGAGCAACUCCACGGAGAGCCUGGACAGUAUGAAGGCUCUGACAGCCGCCAUCGAAGCCGCCAAUGCCCAGAUCCACGGCCCAGCAAGUCAACACAUGGGCAACAAUGCUGCCACCGUCACCACCACCACCGCCGCCAUGGCCACCAUCACUGCAGAGGACAGGAAGAAGGACCACUUCAAGAAGAAUCGAUGCCUGUCCAUCGGGAUACAGGUGGAUGAUGCUGAAGAACCUAACAAAACAGGGGAAAAUAAAGCACCCAGUAAGUUCCAGUCCAUAGGAGUGCAAGUAGAAGAAGAGAAAUGCUUCCGCAGGUUCACUCGAUCCAACAGUGUGACGACGGCCGUGCAGGCCGACCUGGACUUCCACGAUAACCUGGAGAACUCUAUGGAGUCUAUAGAGGACAAUUCGUGCCCCGGCCCGGUGGCCAGACAGUUCUCCCGGGACGCCAGCACCUCCACGGUCAGCAUCCAGGGCUCAGGAAACCACUACCACGCCUGCGCGGCCGACGAGGACUUCGAUGCGGAUUUCGACCCUUCCAUUCUGCCGCCCCCAGACCCCUGGAUUGACUCAAUCACCGAAGACCCCCUAGAGGCCGUGCAGAGGUCAGUGUGCCACCGGGACGGCCACUGGUUUCUGAAGCUUCUGCAGGCGGAGCGAGACCGCAUGGAAGGCUGGUGCCAGCAGAUGGAGAGAGAAGAGCGUGAGAACAACCUGCCCGAGGACAUUCUAGGGAAAAUCCGAACCGCAGUUGGCAGUGCCCAACUUCUUAUGGCCCAGAAAUUCUACCAGUUCAGAGAACUGUGUGAAGAAAACCUGAAUCCCAAUGUUCAUCCAAGGCCCACCUCCCAGGAUCUGGCGGGGUUCUGGGACAUGCUGCAGUUGUCCAUAGAAAAUAUUAGUAUGAAAUUUGAUGAACUUCAUCAGUUAAAGGCCAAUAAUUGGAAACAGAUGGAUCCUCUUGACAAGAAGGAGCGAAGGGCCCCUCCUCCAGUGCCCAAGAAGCCGGCGAAGGGCCCCGCGCCGCUGAUCCGGGAGCGCUCGCUGGAGAGCUCGCAGCGCCAGGAGGCCCGCAAGCGCCUGAUGGCCGCCAAGCGCGCCGCGUCCGUCCGCCAGAACUCGGCCACCGAGAGCGCCGAGAGCAUCGAGAUCUACAUCCCCGAGGCGCAGACCCGGCUCUGA